AUGAAUCCUGUUCUGAUCUUGGCUUUUGUUGGAGCAGCUGUUGCUUUCUCCACUGAUGAUGACGAUAAGAUCAUUGGGGGGUACACCUGUAAGAAGAACAGCGUCCCCUACCAGGUGUCCCUGAAUGAUGGCUCUCAUUUCUGUGGUGGCUCCCUCAUCAAUGAUCAGUGGGUGGUGUCAGCUGCUCAUUGCUACACAUCAGGCCAAAUUCAGGUGACACUGGGAGAGUAUAACAUACAUGUCCUUGAGGGAAAUGAACAGUUCAUUGACUCAGAAAAGGUUAUCCGCCACCCAAGCUACAACAGUCAGACUGCGGAUAAUGACAUCAUGCUGAUCAAGCUGAAAACCCCAGCUGUUCUCAACACUCAUGUGGCUGCCAUCUCCCUCCCUACGUCCUGUGCACCAGCAGGCACUGAGUGUCUCAUCUCUGGUUGGGGCAAAACCGCGAGCUCUGACACUGUCUACCCAGAUGUUCUGCAGUGUUUGGAUGCUCCCCUUCUGCCUGAUGCCCAAUGCAAGGCCGCCUAUCCUCAUCAUUUCACAGAAAAUAUUAUCUGUGCUGGCUUCCUAGAGGGUGGCAAGGAUUCCUGCCAGGGUGACUCAGGUGGUCCUCUGGUGUGUAAUGGAGAGCUCCAGGGUGUUGUUUCUAAGGGCUUUGAUUGUGCCCUGAAGAAUUAUCCUGGUAUCUACACCAAAGUCUGCAAUUAUGUGGAGUGGAUUGAGACAACACUUGCUGCUAACAACUAA